AUGAAGAACGCAGUCGAGCAGGAGGACAACCACGAGGAAGUGCAGAAGGCCAUCAAGAACAAGAUCCGGCAUUUUGCGAAAAAGAAAAAGGAGGAUAACCUCGAGAAGGCAAAGGCAGCAGAGGAAGCUGCCGCGAAGGGCCUCGCCAAAGGCAAGGCACGUGGGCGGGGUGGCAAGGGCGGCAGGGGCAAGGCAGCUGGAGCCGGCGAGGUGGCCGCGGAGACGGCUCCGAAGAAGCCCCGGAAAUACCCACCGAAAGUCGACCUCAAAGAAAGGACUUUGGAAAGUUUGAACGCAGCGCUGCCAGACGGGUGCAAAAUGAGCGGCCCCGAUGGAUGCGACAGUGCCCUUCGCUUGACCGUUUGGGGGGGCAAGCAGUGCACGCGGUCCACCCGUUUGCAUUCUGAGGAGGCCGCGACCCUACUCAUUAAGAUUGUUUGGCAGAUCGCCUUGGACGACGGAUGGGAGACUGAGUGCCCCUUCCCAGAUCUCGGUGUUUUGUAG